AUGGCGGAUGGCGGUGCGGGAGGAAGCCCUCACGGAGCUUCCUCCAAUCCGUCUGGAAAAACGUGGAGAACGGGCGUCCACGAGCAAGAGGCUUGCAAGUCCGCCCAGUUGACCUUUACACUUACUGGCGAAGACCAUACGUUGGGCAACGCGAUCAGAUCUAUCCUUGUUCGGAAACCCGGCGUGGAGUUUGCUGGCUAUUCCGUGCCCCAUCCGACUCAACCAGAGAUGAACAUUCGCCUCCAGACAACAGGUGAAUCAGCUAUGCAGCUCUUGCGAGAGAGCUUUGACGACCUGGCGAACAUAUGCGAUCAUCUGGAUACGCUAUAUGAUGAAGCGCUCGAGGAAUUCAGUAGAAAGCAGGGAGAGUCGUCGGAGCGGGCCUCUUGA